AUGGUCUUCAUUGACGAGCAAGAUGUACUUACGAUUCAAGCAAUCUCCAUGCAGAGGAUCAUCAGCGGGCCAACAGGGAUUAUGCACAACAGCAUAGCUAGUCAACAAUGGGUGACCACUGAGCGGUGCUGUUUAUCACACGAGUGCUUGCCUCCGCAAGCAGCGGCUCGCUCCUUCUCUCUUUCGCUCCCGUUUUCACAAGUACCAAGGAAAAAGCGUGAACGCUUCCUAACCGCGCAGGUCAUAGGAAUAGGAACGAGGUUGGUGCAGUCCCUCCGAACCGCGGGAGGACAUCGAGACCAACCGGCGUCAAGCGCAGCAGACCAUCACCGCUUCGGACCGAGAGGCAUGAAUAAUGUUGAGAAGCUGAGCGUGUCGCCGCAUUGGGGAGAGCUUUCGCUCUUGGCUACGGCGUUUGGCAUCCUCACGAAGGGGAAAACGCAAUUGCCUCCUGUGUCAAGCUCCGGCUUCUUGGUUGAUAAAAUGUCCCAGCGCGGAGCCUACUUAGGUGGAGGGGAAUUGGAGAAGUCAAGCUCGGUAUUGAGUCUCUCAACAUCAACACUGAUCUAUCCAUACUUCACCUGCCAACGACAGUAA